AUGUUAGGACGUCAUUCUCCUCCUGAAAACCAUCCCAUCGCUAAUAAUUCUGUUCAAUAUUUUAGUGUUGUUGCGGGUGUGGCUAUUUUGUCUGGUUUGUCAUUGCCAUUAGCUUCGUACACGGUAUUCCGAGAUUACACUUACUCUAAAGACGUCAUAUCUGUAAAUAACAGGUUUGUGUCUACUUCACGAAUUAAAAUUGAGUAGAAAUUUAUAUUCCAGUAUCUUCAGUUUGUACUUGCACAUUAGACAGAUUUAGGUCGCGGACGUCAAAGACGACGUGAAAAGGGCGUCAAAAUGGUGGCAUAUCCAUACAUGGGCACAACACGCCAUUUUCACGUCGUCUUUGACGUCCGCGUCUUCGAUCUAAAUCUGUCUAUUAUCAGCUUUUGAACGAUGUGUUGUAAUGUAUUCAUAUUCUAACUAACCUUUUUCAUACGCGAUAUCUCCAUUAGUUCUCCCAAACAGUUUUGUAUUAAUUAUACCAAAUUGAUCCAGUGUGAUUUAGGAGGAAUCCCGAAACUAUGCAGGAUAACUUUAUCAGUUCAAAAUUCUUCUCGUUAGAAGUUCAGUAAGGAUCAUAUACUAUAAUUGGUCCUAUCCUGUUUCACAAAGAAUUCUGAACUUGUUACGCGCAGACGAUAUUAGAUUUGUUCAAACAACUUGUUGCGAAUCUGUUGGCCUCGUCAGCCUUGUUGCAAGAUGAUAACAACUUGUUUCAGACUUGUCAACAACUGGGAGCAAGCUGUGCGAACACAUCUUGUUCACAAGCUGCGAUAAUGUUAUACGCGUGUGCUACACAGGUAAAAAUCUCACAUCUUGCUGCAAGUCUGUCAACAAGUUGUGUUCGCACUGCCUGUCCCAAGUUGUCAACAAGUUUGGAACAACUUGUAACAACCUUGUCGAUAUUAUCAGAUUUGUUGCAAGAUUGUUCCAACAAGUCCGAUACAGUCAUGAUAUAACAAUAUUGUCACAACCUUGUGUGCCUUGUAACAUUCUUGUUACAUCAUGACUGUAUCAGACUUGUGAGAACAACCUUGUUACAAGUCUGAUAAUGCCAUCAAGCUUGUUACAACUUGUUACAUGUAACAGCUUAUUCCAGACUUGUUACAACAACUGGGAACAAGCAGUGCGAACACAACUUGUCCACCGCUUGGGAACAGAUUUGUAACAACUUGUUUGCAGACCUAUGACAACUUGUGCGUGUGUGAUUGAAUCAAAAUUAUAAUCGGCAUAGUGCAGGAAUUUAACCUCAGUUGCAAAAGUGAAACACUGUGAACGUCCUUGAUUUUCCCUCCAGAAAUGUAUACAUGGUGUUCUCGUAUUUCUGGUUUUUCAUUGGUCUUCCCAUGGGUUUCUUCUCCGCCAUAUUACGGAUCCUCAAGGCAAUGCUUGUGGGAGCUCUGAUGUUGCCAAGAAUUGAUCAUAGUGUCAUGCCUGAUGGCUUUCAACAAAUUGAUCAAGGUAAUCCAAUAGACAUAAAUGGUAUAAACUACUGUAAGUCAAAAACAAUGUGUGAUUAGAUGACAUGGAGAACAGCAGAAUCUAUUAGUGCUAAUAAAAAUAUUGGCACUGAUGAAGGACUGAUUUGCAUACAGUACCCAAAAUACAAGAUGGAUCCAGGCUAUAACGUGUUUUUUUAAAAAUUUUUUGCCAGGUUUCAAUGCGUACAUCUGUUAUCUUCACGUACAAACAGCUUAUAGAAACCCAAUUCUUCGAGUUUUCUGUCAAAUAUUGAGCGAUCAAACACGUAAGUGCUAUUGAAGCCAUGAGAAAAGUAUAGUUGAGACUAGGUCUGGAUGGGAGUAUCCUUAUGAAUUGGAUCAACCAGCAUGUUUAUGAGACGUUCACUGAUCAAAAAUAUUUAUUUUGAGGUGAGAGUUUAAAGUCUGUCAAAAUCUUUGCAAAUCGUAUUGCGCCGUAUUAGAAUUAGCUACAUUAUCAAGCAAAUGUCUUUCCCUGUGCAACUUGAAAGAUAGAGCUUCCCAUAUUUCUUCUAAUGAGUUUUAGAACGUUUUAAACACUAGAUAAUGAGACUUGUGGCGGCCAUCUUGGUGUGUCCUCAUUAGUUUAUUCACGAGCAAAUUUAAGGAGGAAGAGAGGCCACUGUUGAUAAAUUUCUAUUCAGACAAUGUUUAUCCUUUCUCACUGAUAAUCAGAAACUGUGAGAAUCUGUUCCACAAUGUCAGCGACAUCACUGUAGAUUUGUGGUGGUCAAUCAUGUUUCUAAUAAACGAGCCAAAAACACUGAUCACUUUUGCUUCAGAAAACGUGUACAUGUAGAAUAUGCAGGUAUCUUCCUGCCCCUCUUUUAAAAUGACGUAGAACCUUCGGCCUUCACAACAUAUUAAUUUAGUUCUUGUAUCAUAGAAAAGAACACAGGGCCAAAAUGGACACGUUCAGCUCAAGCCCGUGCUAGAUGGUUCCUUGCCCUUACCUUGGCCCGCAACCCACAACUAGCGUCCGACCGUAAACCUGACGUUCGGGCACCGGAACCUGUUCAAGCUGAUCACGCAGAACAUGGCGACGUCAAGAUUGAAGUUGGCCAAUACGGCUCGGAUAAUGCUGGAUUAAUACAAGAUAAGUAA